UCUUUAAGUAUUAUAUAAAUUUCAUAAAUUUUUUAAGCCAUGGAUACGUUGUGUAAAUUUUUAAGUGCCGAUCUGUAUUGUUUACUAAAACAGAUUUUUAGCAAUCUAGUCUCUGGAUCUUCGUCUUCCGAUUCAGAUGAAGUAUUUGCUAUAAAAAGAGUGCGAAGUAAUGUGGAUAUAGCGGGUCAAUUGGUGACCCGUCCUAGUUAUACAAUAAGACACGAGUACCCAGGUCCUUUGGUCACCUACGAUGGUGAGGCGCGAUGUGAGCCGCGUCUUAUUCGAUUUUCCGACUUGAACACGAGCCAAUUGGACCUCAUUUUUGAAGCUUACAAAGGUGAAGACGAUGAUCUACACAAGAAACACAGGAAACAGUGCCCUAAAAAAGAGGAUUCAUGCGAGGAAAAUCCCAGAAGUAGAGUAACUUUCAAGGAGAAGCCAAAGUGUUCUAGUAAAAAGAGAAAUUUUGGGUGUCAAACAACUUUUCCCAUAGACGAUGACUGCUUUGAAGAGGAUUCAGAAGAUGAUGAUGAUCAAAAAGAGGGAAUAAACACGAAACUUGUGCAUUUUUUAAAGGGUCUUUUUCCCCAAAAGAAAUGUUCAAACAAAUCUAGGUUGGCUGGAGGCAAGGAGAAAACCAGCGGCUUUGAUGAAAAUCCACCUCCUGAAGAGGAGCUCAAAGAGUUGGAGGAUAGAGCCCAGGCUUUAUAUGAAGACUAUAUAACAUCGACUUGUAAAUCAGCAUCAUGGGACUCUCUGAAGCCAGCGGCAAAACUUCGUUUUCAGUGGAAAGCUUUGACUGGCGAUGAUCUGAAGGAAACCCCCUACGAAAACUUCAGCGAGAGUUUCACCAGGAGUUUUCGCGAGGCUUUUCCAUCGGUCAAGGAUUCGUCGCUUAAAAACGAGAAAAGAAUCACCUGGUGCAGCAUGGACCGCAGCCAGCGAAUGCCCUUCAUACUGCAGGCUCUACUGUACCAAGUGGCCAUGGGAGCCAUCGAUCCCGAAGAUCACUGUGCUGUUCGUGAACUGUUUCACAAGCUGAGAUAGAGAUAAAGGAAAAAGUGCGUGUUUUCCAUUUCCAUUUCGAUUUUAUACGAACCAGAUGUCUUCGCUGUGGCCAAUCUAUUUUGGUGCCGAGCCUCGGGAAAUUCGCAGUUCUUCUCCCUCGAUUUUUGCUCUUGAACCAGAUUUGCCGAGAAUAAUGGAUCCCCUACUUCUGGCCAAGGUCGUCCCGCUGACAUGGCAUUGGCACUCGAUUAACAAUUAAGAAGCCGCCUUCAAGGUCGCGCAGAAUUAAGAUGGAAAAUCUCAACCAACCUCUAUGAGGAAAACUGAGGAAAACUUGGACCUGGGGGGCCGGAAUCAAUUUCCCAUGCGCAUACAUUAGCAAUAAAAAUUUGUUGUACCCCCUGAAACAGAAACAAAUAAAACAAACGAGA